AGACGCCGUGAGUCAGGGGCAGAGCAGGGCGGUCUGGCUGUGCGGGCGACGCGGGACUCACUCGUCCGCUCCGCUCUGGACGGCGCGCCACGCUCUGGGGUCCGACGCCCUGGCUCCUGCUUCUGCCGCUGCCGCCGCCGGAUCCCAGUGGCCCGGCGUGCCCGGCUCCCACAGGCCUGCAGCCAGCAUCGCACGGAACCUUCGGGGAGCCGCGGCUGGAGCGCUCGGCCGGCGUGGGAGCGCCAAGGCCGCAGAUACAAUCUUCUUACCACGAAGAAGCCAGGGGAAUAGGUAGCCACAUCUCGUUUGCAGAUAAGAAAGGAAGCUAACGCAGUAUCUGCAAAGCCAGGAGUCUGACUCAGUACUUUUCUCACUCAUGCAUAUAAAGCAGCUAAAAAUGACACAGCUUAUUUACCAUGCCCCUGACACUGCACUGAGCACUUUGUGAGCUUGAACUGUUUUAAUCCUCACGACCACCUCAUGAGACUCUCCAGAAAGAACAACAGUAAUGGAGUACAUGAGCACUGGAAGUGACAAUAAAGAAGAGAUUGAUUUAUUAAUUAAACAUUUAAAUAUGUCUGAUGUAAUAGACAUUAUGGAAAAUCUUUAUGCAAGUGAAGAGCCAGCAGUUUACGAACCCAGUCUAAUGACCAUGUGUCAAGACAGCAAUCAAAACGAUGAGCGUUCUAAGUCUCUGCUGCUUAGUGGCCAAGAGGUACCAUGGUUGUCAUCAGUCAGAUAUGGAACCGUGGAGGAUUUGCUUGCUUUUGCAAACCAUAUAUCCAACACUGCAAAGCAUUUUUAUGGACAGCGACCACAAGAAUCUGGAAUUUUAUUAAACAUGGUCAUCACUCCCCAAAAUGGACGUUACCAAAUAGAUUCCGAUGUUCUCCUGAUCCCUUGGAAGCUGACUUAUAGGAAUAUUGGUUCUGAUUUUAUUCCUCGGGGAGCCUUUGGAAAGGUAUACUUGGCCCAAGAUAUAAAGACAAAGAAAAGAAUGGCGUGUAAACUGAUCCCAGUAGAUCAAUUUAAGCCAUCUGAUGUGGAAAUCCAGGCUUGCUUCCGGCACGAGAACAUCGCGGAGCUGUAUGGCGCAGUCCUGUGGGGUGAAACCGUCCAUCUGUUUAUGGAAGCAGGCGAGGGAGGGUCUGUUCUGGAGAAACUGGAGAGCUGUGGACCAAUGAGAGAAUUUGAAAUUAUUUGGGUGACAAAGCAUGUCCUCAAGGGACUUGAUUUUCUACACUCAAAGAAAGUGAUCCAUCAUGAUAUUAAACCUAGCAACAUUGUUUUCAUGUCCACAAAAGCUGUUUUGGUGGAUUUUGGCCUAAGUGUUCAAAUGACCGAAGAUGUCUAUUUUCCUAAGGACCUCCGAGGAACAGAGAUUUACAUGAGCCCAGAGGUCAUCCUAUGCAGGGGCCAUUCAACCAAGGCAGACAUCUACAGCCUGGGGGCCACGCUCAUCCACAUGCAGACAGGCACCCCGCCCUGGGUGAAGCGCUACCCUCGCUCAGCCUAUCCCUCCUACCUGUACAUAAUCCACAAGCAAGCGCCUCCACUGGAAGACAUUGCAGAUGACUGCAGUCCGGGGAUGAGAGAGCUGAUAGAAGCUGCCCUGGAGAGAAACCCCAAUCACCGCCCAAGAGCCGCAGACCUACUAAAACACGAGGCCCUGAACCCGCCCAGAGAGGAUCAGCCACGCUGUCAGAGUCUGGACUCUGCCCUCUUUGAGCGCAAGAGGCUGCUGAGUAGGAAGGAGCUGGAACUUCCUGAGAACAUUGCUGAUUCUUCAUGCACAGGAAGCACCGAGGAAUCUGAGAUGCUCAAGAGACAACGCUCUCUCUACAUAGACCUCGGCGCUCUGGCUGGCUACUUCAAUCUUGUUCGGGGACCACCAACGCUUGAAUAUGGCUGAAGGAUGACAUGUUUGCUCUAAAUUAAGACAGCAUUGAUCUCCUGGAGGCUGGUUCUGCUGCCUCUACACAGGGGCCCUGUACAGUGACUGGUGCCAUUUUCGAAGGAGCAGUGUGACCCCGCAUGACCCACGAAUGUGCCUCCAAGUGGCCCUGUGUGUUUGACUCGUGAAGCUAUUUGAUAUGCACCAGGUCUCAAGGUUCUCAUUUCUCAGGUGAUGUGAUUCUAAGGAAGGAAUUUGAGAGUUCACAGAAGGAUCGUGUCUGCUGACUAUUUCAUUCACUGUGCACUUUGCUCAAAAUUUUAAAACUACCAAUCACAAGGAUAAUAGAGUAGCCUAAAAUUACUAUUCUUGGUUCUUAUUUAAGUAUGGAAUAUUCAUUUUACUCCGAAUAGCUGUUUUGUGUAUAUUGGUGUAUAUUAUAUAACUCUUUGAGCCUUUAUUGGUAAAUUCUGGUAUACAUUGAAUACAUUAUAAUUUGGGUGAAUAGAACAACUUGAAUAUUGUAGCAAUAAGCUGGACUAGUGUCUUAAAAAUGGCUAACUGAUGAAUUAGAAGCCAUCUGACAGCAGGCCACUAGUGACAGUUUCUUUUGUGUUCCUAUGGAAACAUUUUAUACUGUACAUGCUAUGCUGAAGACAUUCAAAACAUGAUGUUUUGAAUGUGGAUACAACUGUGUAAACCACAUAAUUUUUGUACAUCCCAAAGGAUGAGAAUGUGACCUUUAAGAAAAAUGAAAACUUUUGUAAAUUAUUGAUGAUUUUGUAAUUCUUAUGACUAAAUUUUCUUUUAAGCAUUUGUAUAUUAAAAUAGCAUACUGUGUAUGUUUUAUAUCAAAUGCCUUCAUGAAUCUUUCAUCUAUAUAUAUAUAUUUGUAACAUCGUAAAGUAUGUGAGUAGUCUUAUGUAAAGUAUGUUUUUACAUUAUGCAAAUAAAACCCAACACUUUUGUCCAA